AUGACUGGCUCCGGUCUUUACGACCAACGGUGCCUCAAAGGCGUCCAUACCCAGAGACCCAAUCUGAGCUCAAUUAUUUUCUCAUACCUUGUGAGUGAGACUAUGGCACGUUGCUUUAAGCCAGAGGAUCACCCUACCAAGACCAAGCAUCAUCCGCUUGUCGACCACAUGCUUAGCACAGACACGCAAUCCGCUCCAAUGCUGGUCGUCGAACGUCGACAAGUUCUAUCCGCAAGUACGACACAUCAGUCUGACCAGCAACAGCCGCUGCCUGACAUGGCGCCAGUGGUACGCGCGAAGCUAGUCCAGUACGGUACGACAACUGGCGGCGCGAAUGUGGGUGUAGGCGGUCGCCAGGUAUUUAAGAAGAAAGUUGAGUUUGGAGUGACCGAAGUGCCGCACGACUCCCGGAAUAAUCCACGAAAUGAGGAACACACCAGAGCACAGCAACAGAGCGAAGACGGCUCCCAUGAACAUGACGAUGACGGGCCCGAGGUUACUGAUAUUAAUGGAGAGCCAGGGGAGGAUGAGCUGGACGAAGCCAGCCUCGUCUACAUUCAGCGUGGAACAAUCAGCGGCGGUGCUACCGUCACCGUCGAUCAAGACCAGGUGUUUGAAGACGAAGUCAAGUUUGGGUAA